AUGUCUUGUUCAACAGCACAUGCACAAGAAGGGAAUAAUGUUUACUACUUUUAUCUUCUCUCUUGCUAUUGCGGAGAUGCUCGGCAUUUGAGUUCAUGUGGUCGUCAGAUUCUGAUACGAUGGUGCUGGAAAAGAACCCUUAAGAGGACCAUCAGCACCAUUGCGGGAGAUCCUACUGUUGGCGGUGCCAGCUCAGGUUUGAUUGUGUAUAAUGGCGAUGACAUGGUUGUGACACGCUUGGCUGCAACGGUUUACUGGGCCGAGCUCUAUCUGACACGAUCUACACCUGCUUGUACCGCAACAAGUGACUGCCAAAGCGGGCCGUGUACCGCCUUUCGACUGUCAGCUCUGUCAGCCAGUCUUAUGCCCUGGUAUAUGCAGAAGGUCUUUGGCAAGCGAAUGACCCGGGCGACGCACAUCGAAUCACUCCUCAUCCCACGUGUCUAUGCCAUGUCUCAUCCCAUGGCAUUCUUCGCCGCCGCCAGACGCGAGUUUGGACCUCUAGUCGUUGCGGUCGCUGUGCUCUCGUACUUCCUCACGUCGCACAAGCUGCUUUACUUCAGCUACCCGGAUCUGUUUCUUCGAAUCGGCAUGACUACAGUCUACAAUAUCUUGCGCAAUCCGGACAGGUUGAGACUGGCAUUGUCGUGCAAUACACAUCUGGAGUUUGGUGACAAUGACGGCUGGCACGUGGGGGACGGCAAUGAGAGCGAGUACGGAGAUUUCUAA